UUCAUAUUCCUAUUUUCUUGGUAAUGUUCCCGAAAAGGAAAUAUACACACAUACUAGUUAUUCUGUCACUGUGUGCAUCAUGUGUAAUAGGUAAGGAUUUCUAUUGCCCGGAUAUUCCAGACUGGAGACAUAAGCCAUUGAAAGAACGCUUAGACUACACCCAGUAUGACCUUGUUAAGGAAGGGGUUUUUGUGGCAAAUGCAAAUAAAAUUUAUUUCGAAACUAAAGGAAAACAUGACGCACACAUAUUAUUGCAAAAUGAACCGGGAGAAUAUAAAAGCAAAACUUAUGAAGCUGUGCUCGGAGGAAAUGGGAACACCGUAUCGGAAUUGCGAUCAAAUUCUUACGGACCUAAAAUCGGAACACUUGAGACCCCAGGUAUCCUUAAUGAGACAGAAUAUAGGUCGUUUUGGAUAACAUGGGAUACUACUUUGGCGAUUGGACAUGGAACAAAAAUUGAUAUCAGCAGCAUUAUUUUGUUUGCAAAAUUGGACUUUCCAAUUAAAUCGAUGCGAAUAAGUUAUGGUUGGGGAAGUGACGGCUUCUUCAGAUUUCCUGACAAAUCGGACUUUGUUACUAGCCCUCAAACGACAACACCCACAAGCAUAAAUACGUCUGAUAUUCGAUCAACUCAGAACGGUAUAACAGAUGCGUUGAUUCCAGAUAAAGGGACAUCCGUUUCAAGACAGGACGAAUACAAACUAUUCUUUAUUGUAUUUGCAAUAACCACUGGUUGUCUUGGAGUAAUGCUUUUGUCAACUUUAAUUGGGUUUUGCUGUUUAUGGAACAAGAAGAAAGCAACGGAAAUGGGGACUCGUUAUCAGCCAAAUCCAGUUGGUGGAGUGAUUUACGAGGGGUUGCGUGGAAGGGAACAGGAAUUAACAUACCAAAAUGAGCAAUAUUACGAUGAUUUGUCAGCUUAACAACGUAUAUUGUUAAAGUCAUUGUUACAUAGAUUGACUUUAAGCGAUAUUAGAGAAAAUAUAAUAAGAGACUUUAAUAAACAUUCCAGUUUGAGAAGCAAUUUAAAUAUUUAUAGUUUUAAUUUGAAAUUGGCAUUAAGGUAGUCCUAGCAAAAACACAAAUGACAGUCAGUUCCAGAAGUAGAGGGCAUGUUCAACGACACUGGCGAUACAAAACAUGACGCUGACAAUAUAAAACACAUACUAAUUGUUUAAGCAUCAUUUUCGACACUUACUGUAUGAAAAAGGCCAUACAAAGAGAGCGAAAUAAGCAGAAAGUGACUAUCAAAGUACAUUCAAACUCCAAAGUUCAUGCAUUGUUCUUUAGAAUUGUUACUUAUGUAUCAGUUUUGUAUUCAAAAGAAUGUUGUCCGGGCAUUUUUCCCCUACAAAAAUACAUUACAUCAUAUAAGAAUACAAUUUCUUCAUGAACAUAACUGGUUAUUUUGAGUCUGCUUUCAUGUUUUGUGUUAUGUCUAAGGUAAGAUACUUCCUGAGAUCAUACUUUGGUGCUUUCGAGACAUAUAAUACCAAUGUUAUCAACAAUCGCAUAGAUAAUGAGUUUGGAUGUUGUUUUGUGAAAACAAUAUUCUGCUAAUAGUAUGGAAACAUUUUGUAACCAUCAGAUUCUUCAUGAUUUUUUUUACCUCGACUUACUCGACAUACUGAUAUAAAUGUAUGUUGUUUUAGUUAUAAUGCACUAAUUCAUGUAAAACAACACAAUAUUGAUGGAGAUUUUGGAGGCCAAUAAGAACUUUCAAUGUUGAUUUGUUUAACAGGCAGCCGGGUAUUUUCUUCAACUUUUAACACAAUUGUUAAUCAUUAUAAGCCCUUAAACGUAUCAGCUCUCUCGAAUUGUUACAAAUUAUAUACAGAUUACUUUAAGGUCGAUUUUGACGAAAGCUUAUAGCUUAUUGAAUCAAUCUCUAGUCAAAAGUAUAUGUAAAAUCCUAUACUUGUGUCCAUAUUUGAGAGGUCAUGAAAAAGUAUCCCUGAUGGGACUCGAACCCAUAACCUCUCUUAAACAUGUUUUCGCUCUCUUGCAUAUAUGUAUAACAUAUGUUUUAUUACUUUAGACAUUCAAGUGUUCACACUUUAUUUACAUGCACAUGUUUAUUCCUUGUCUAUUAUCUUAUUAAUUCAUUCAUGUGCAUAUAUUAUGUGGUUACAAAAGUAUUUUAUUCUUAAGUUAUGCUACUGUUCUGAACACUUCACAAGAAUAAUAUGUUAUGACUUUCAUAUCAUAAUACUAUGUAACGCGCCACCAACGCAAUUGAAGAAGGACUGGUCACGCGGUGACUCCCAUAUGUUUUCAUAUUUGGUCAAUUUUCUUUUUAUCGUACUAAAAUUGAGUAGUUAUUUCGAUUAUCUGUUCGCUUUCACCCGAUACGGUUUCCUUUGCCUUGUAUUUCCCAUAUCGGUUCACAUACUAACCACGUAACUUAUAAUAUUGUAUUUCGUAGUGUUUUCAGCAAUUAUCACACUGAUACGUGUUAUAAACAAGUUACGGUGUUAGGUGACCCUACAUUGGAAAUACGGCGCAAAGGAAACCAAAUCGGGUGAGAGCAAAACUCGAACCCCAAUAUGGUUUUCUGCGCCCCGUAUAUCCCUUACCGGGUCACAUACUAACGUAUAUAUCACGUCGACAACCCAUUAAAACUGAUCAAGACACGAACAUAAUCUGGGAAAUGUUCAUUUAGAUAUCGAAAUGGGAAAAUAGACGCCAUUUUUGUACGAUAAAGAGAUUAGAUUAGACAUAAUAUUGGGUCAACGCGUGACAAGUUCUGGACUAAAGACAUUUCGUCAUUCUUGUUGGAAUCGUUUACAUAUAUAUAUGGAACAGUUUUAAAAAUACUUCUACAUGUUCGUGUUCAACCGUUAGAUCGGCAAAAGGGACAUGUAUAUGUAUGCAGUUUGAUACAUGCUUUGUUGAUGAAAUAUUGCACUAGAACUAUUGUCAAUAGAUAUUAUAUAUUAUGUAUAGUUGAAUAUAUGUUUGUACACACAUUACAAAAUAACUAACUAAUAAUCUGAUUAUGUCAAGUCUUAUGACUGUACCAUUUUUUUUCUUUCCGUUUUGAGUAUUAAGUCCUUCGAUUUUAUGAAAAUUUUGCAGACUCAUGUUAUCUUUAAACCGACUGUGGCUGGCUUGGAAUGUUUUGGCGUGUGACGUCAUUUUCUUCAAAUAUUUUACAUAGGUAAUCAUUUGGAAGAAAAGAUUAGCUGAUGUAUGUCGUUUUAAUUUUUAAUAAUGUUUUCUUUAUUUGUUCACAGUUUUAGUAUAAUAAUAUUUUUAUUAUGAAACUCUAUGAUCACGCAGUUUUAAAUAUUUUAUUUUAAAAGGCAGACUGUGUGUGAUGCUCACAGUUUCAAACAAUGACUGCAUCGUCUUUGAAAUGUUUUUUCAUUAGGUACUCUGAAUGGUAUUUCUCUGUCUGCAAAAAGAGUUGGGAUCUCUAAUCAUUGAAGUACUUGGGGCAUACCUAUUACCUUUUUAUAAUUUGUUUUAUUUUUAAGUUCCAUCAAGUUAAUGCAUACUUUGAUAAGAUUUACCUUUUACGUUUUUUUCUUUAUUUAGGAUUGUUGGGAUGAGAGUGAAGUCUGUGCAAGUAAACUGGUUUAAACACUCAGUAAAUUUACAUUUUACUUACCGUUCCAAGGCGGUACGUAACAAUCCUUGAUAAACAUACCUGUCUUGUCUAUACAUAGUGUAUAUGCACUGUGCUGUUUGUAGUGUUUUGUGCUGUUCUUCCAUGUUUCUUGUUUGUAAUUUUUGGUUUGUGUGUUCUAUGUAUUUGGCGUUUACCCAGGGCCAUUAAACCGGGUUUAUCUUUAAACAUUUUGCUACCGAGCUUGUUUCUGUAAUUUUUCACAUAAGUAUUCGUAGUUACUAUAUACAUUUUGAACUCUGUCUUAACUAAAGUCUGAUUAUUACAGUAAGGUUUUCAGGUAAAACAUGAUACAAACUUCGUUUAAACUCAGUCUCAACAUGGCUACUAUUUAGUGUUUAAUUUAUUGCUAUCAUGUUGUAUGGAUUUGUUUUAUAUAAAAUAUUCUACUUUAAUAAUUGAUUAUUGUUUUGAUAUCUUUUUUAUAACAUAUGCAAUGACAUGUAAUUAAGAUUAAGAAAUCAAUGAAAAUGGCAUAUGCGU